AUGAUAGUAACAUUUAAUUCAAGAUCACAAAGAAAGGAAGGAAAUAAAAUUGAUUCCGACACCACCACCACCACCACCACGACUCCAACUACCGCAGCAACUGGGACUACUGCUGUUUUAACAGUUAAACAUGAGGAAGAAGGCCUGCAGAAAAAUGUGAAACAUAUUAAUGGAUCCAAGGACUAUUAUAAGUUUAAAGAUGGAAGAUCACGGAAUGGAUGUUUAACUUGUAAAGUCCGAAAGAAGAAAUGUUCGGAAGAAAAACCCGUUUGCAAUGAUUGUCUGAGAUUUGGUAAAAAUUGUAUUUAUAUAACUGAUUCUAUGACUGAACAAGAAAUUAAAGAUCUCAAGAAAAGUGUGGAAUUACAAGAAAGAAACCAUAAAUUAAGGAAAAGAAAACCCAAACUGAAAAACUCCACUGAAUCGACAAAACUUGCCACACCAGAUCACACUCAUUUAUCUGAUUCGAUAUCCCCCGUGCCUCGUAAGAAAGCAAAAAGAUCAAAUAAGAUUGAUGUCGAGGCCAAUACAAGAGUCGAAGACUCUCUGGAUCCCUUUAAAGCAUUUUCAUAUAACUCGACUUUACAAACUGCCACGAAUCCAUCUUCACCAGGGCCUACAAUACCACCCAACUCACCAGCAAUACAAAAUCUAAUACAUCCAGCAGGCUCCCUGGAAGAACAAGAGUUCUCACCACUGAAACCUCAACCACAUCCAGAGAAUACAACACAAGAAACAAAAUCAGUGGAAGAGAUAAUCCGUGAAAAUGGUACUGAACUGGAAGUAAACUCGCCAUCAACAUUCUUGACUUUUCUUCGAGAUGUUAAUUCACUGCAUAAUCAUAAUCACCAUCAUCAAGUUGGUUUUUUAGAGGACAGUGGCCAUAAUCAUGUAAGAGGUGGUCAUGAAAUUGAAACAGAUAACGACGAAGAUAAAAUUCAAACCUUAGAUGUUGAUUUAGACAAUCCUGAACUACGAGAAAUUCUAACAUCACCAGAUUUCAAUGGGGCAUUAGAGUCGUUUGAAAAUUCUUCUCACCCAAUUAAUGGUUCCAACAUUUCCUAUGUUGAUUUGAUUUCAAGUUUAAACUUAUUUUUACAUCAUCCUCAAAUCCCACCUUCACCGACUUAUAUUCCUGAAUUAAUUGAUCCUACUAGUUCAUAUCUUUAUAAUUAUUAUGCAGAUGUUUUAUCGAAAAAAAUAUCUAUUGCGCCAAUAUCACAAAAUGAAUCAAAUUCAUAUCAAAAAGUUUUCUUACCUUUGGCACAUAGAGAUAAAGGUGUUUUAUAUGCCAUUUUGGCGUGGUCGGGUUUCCAUUUAGGUGGACAUUGGUCAGAAGAAGGAGUCAAAUAUCUUGAAUAUGCCUUGGAUCAUUUGAAUAAAUCAAUGUUUGAUAGACCUCAUCAUGAUCGACAAAUGAUUGUUAAUAUGUUAGCCACAUUAAUGAUUUUAUGUGCCGCAGAAAUUUGUAAAGGUGAUGUCAAGAAUUGGUCAGUAUAUUUACAUUGGGGGUGGAAAUUAUUAUCAAAUAAUGGAGGGAUUUUAAGUUUCAAUAAACUGAAGGAAGAACAUUGGUUGAUUUCAAAUUUUGCUUAUCACGAUUUAUUAGCAAGUUCAUCUAGUGAAAGAGGUACUUAUUUCCCAUCUGAAGAAUACGAUUUUAUAUUUAGAGAUGAUGAUGGGUUUUCAUUGGGUAAUUUGAACCCCUUAUUGGGAAUUUCGAAAAAUUUAUACCGAAUAAUUGGUGAUAUAUCUACAUUGUUAUAUGAAAGUAAAAAACAAUUGGACAUUUUUUAUAGUCGAGAAUUCACUGGUACACCUCCUGGAGUUGUUGAAAAGUUGAAUAAUGAGGAUGCAGAUGGUAACGUGGAUGAUGAUGAUGAUUGUGAAUCACAACUUAGUGAUCAUGGUAAGGCAAGUCAAAUAUUAUUAUCAGUUAUUUCCAAAGUAAAAAAUUUAGAGAAACAAAUUGAUGAAUCCAAGCCAGCAGCAAAAGAUUUGGUGGGAUUAACGGAUCAAGAAUUAGAAUUACAAUUAACUUUGUUUGAGGCAUUUCAAUUAAGUGCCAAAUUGUUUUUAAGACAAUCAAUUAUGAAAUGUAAUCCUUCAAUGUUAGAAAGUCAAGUCUUAAAUAAUGAUUUAAUCAAAUGUCUAGAUGUAUUAGUGGGGACUUCAGUUCAAGCUUCUUUGGUGUUCCCCAUAUUUAUUUCUGGUAUCCAUUGUGUUUCCAGACACGACCAGGAGCUGAUGAGACAUAGAAUAAACAAAUUUAUUAAAUUAUAUGGUCUCUGGAAUGUUUGUCGAGUAAGCUUUGUGUUGCAGAAAAUUUGGAAGGAUAAUCCUGAUGGUAGUAAAGUAGUCGAUUGGCAUAAUCUAUUAAAAGAAUUGGGUUGGGAUAUAAAUUUUGCAUAA